AUGUACCACGCUUCCAACACCAUCAUCAUCACCACUGACCAUCGUAUAGCAACAAAGAAAGUCACCAUGUGCUCCGGAUCCUUCUUCCAGGAGAUCCUCCUCAUCCUAUCCGUCGCCCUCGCCUUCGCCCUCGGCGGUGCCGCCCUCCUGGUCCGCUCUCUCUCCUCGGAGUGGAGACGUUUCGUCUCCAUCAUGGCCGGCCUCUGCGCGCUGGGAACUGCGGUCCUCAUUUUCUCCAUCAUGACGCGUCGUUGGCGUUCUGGUCUGCCUCCGCCUCCCUCCUCAACUUCGCCGCCUCCAUCACCGCCCCACAACGCGUUCGAUGGACAGGAAAUUGAGCUGCAGCCACUGCCUCGCGUCGCGAUCUACCCGACCCCCCAUAACCCUUCAACUAUCCGAUCCCCCCGACAGCUAUACGAUCGCAUGCUUACUACUGUAUGGCGAGAGAAGAACAUACUAGCUCGAAGAGCAAGCAGGACAACAGCUUUGGACACUGGUAGCAAAUUGUUUCAGAUUGGCUCCAUUCACUCACCUCCUUCCAGAAUCGGACAUAAACUUCGACUUCCCACCAACCUUCCCGAACCCCGACCCUUCGACCCUUCCAGCAAAAGUGCUCUCCAACACCAUUUCCGAUGCCCCUCAAGCCCAGCAGCAUCCCCAGACCAAGAAACAACCAUGCCAUCCUCCCCUCGACAAUGCCCCAACCCCCUGAACUCCUUCACCUGCUUAGGCAUAACCCUCCCCCUCACCACCCUCGCCACAACCAUCCUCUUCAUCAUCACCAUCUUCGGCUCCUCGGUCCCAGAAGCCACGACCAGCGCACUCAUCAUCGCGACCUGCUCCCUCGCAAUCUUCAGCUGGCGUUCUGCGGCUGCGUCUGGUCGGGAUACUUACGAUCCUGGACGGACGGAGGGUGAGCUACAGGUGAUGCCGGGGGCUAUGAUGCGCACAAACAAACCCUCCGUCUCAUCCCCAUCCCACUACCGUCGCUCCCACAACCGUCCCUCCCACCAAAACCAACAACUAAACCCUCAACCCAUGCCGCAGCAUAUCCCCCGCCCGAGGCCCACGCCCUCCACAAGAUGCCUCUGCACAACCUACGUCGGCAUAAUCCUCUUCGUAAUCCUCCUAGGCGCCAUCGGCAUGACGGUCCCGCACGUCUCCGACGCCGGCAUGUUGGCCAUCGUCUUCAUCGCGCUGGGGCUGUUCGUUUUCAGUUUCAAGGUCUUGUUUCGGUGGAUCGAUGCUGGGGGGUGUGAGGAAGACGAAGAGGAGGGUCGGGAGGGUUGUUGGGGGAGGGAGAGGAGGGAAAGUGAUGGCGGUGGGAGUCGGAGGCCUGGUGUUGGAGUUGGAGUUCCUGCGCCUGGUCGGGACGGUGGUGCUGAUUGGGUUGCGGUGGAGCUUCAGGCGAUGCCGAGGGCUGUGGUGCGGUAG